UCCAAUCAAUUAUUGAGCAAAAACAAAAAAGGGGCACAGCACCGGAAGUCAGAGCAAUAUCAUGGACAAGUUGCGCAGAUUGUGGCGACGAAGGCGUGGGGACGCGGCCUCCGACGAGGGUGAGGCCGGACGAUCGGGGCGAAAGGAUAAGAAGAAGCCGUCGGGACCCUGGCCCUUCUGGCGGAUAGUCUACUGGCUGGGUGUCCUGGCCCUGGUUAGUGCCAUCUGUUUGGCUGCCUAUUUCACUCUCAAGUCCGAUUUCGGAGAGUGCUCCGACUACGAUGUGCGAUGUGAUUGAGUUACCUGCAUGGACGUUGUCCUUCAGGGCGAGGAGUUUUAUAGGGGAGCUGGAAUUUGUAUUUGGAUUA